ACGAGAGAUUUUUUUUUUGGGAGGGGGGAGGCGAGUACAGGUCGUGCUGCAAUUAGUUCAUUGAAAACUCAGUUGCUCUCGGAGCAGAGGAGCAGACUGCUUUCAGCUUUUCUUCUGCUCACUGGUAAAAUCUUCUGUGGAGAGCUGCAACAAUGCCCAAAAGAAAGGCUGCAGGUCAAGGUGAUAUGAAGCAGGAGCCAAGGAGAAGAUCAGCCAGACUGUCUGCUAUGCCUGUGCCCAUUAUACCAGAGUUGAAGCCCAAAAGAUCAACUCCAAGAAGAAUGAAAAAAGAUGAUAUGAUGGAAACAACUGCAAGUGCAAGUCCCCAAAACAUAGCUGAAACCAAGCAAGAAGUUGUUAAAGAACACAGCAACGAAAAUGCUGAAAAUGGAGGAGCCAAAAUUAUAGAGGCUCCAGCUCUUGAAAAAGAAUUUGAGGAAAUGAAAGAAGAAAAAAUUGAUGUUGAAGAAGACGGAGGAGAAAAGGGACAAGCAGUGGCAUCAGAAGAAAAGAAAAAUGAAAAAGAAGAUCAGAAAGGAGAUGGAGAAGAAGAAGAGAAAGGAGAAGAUGGAAAAGAAGACAAAGAUGAAAAUGAGGGAAAAAGUGAAAAAGAGGAUGAAGAUGGGAAAAAGGAAGAAGGAGAUGGAAAAGGAGAAGAAGACCAAAAUGAGGACGGAGAUGGAAAAGGGAAAGGAGAUGAAAAAGAGAGUGAAGAUGAAAAGGGGAAAGAAAAAGAUGGAGAAGACAAAAAAGAGGAAGACGAUGGAGAAGAUGAUGAAGAUGAAAAAGAUGAUGAAGAUGGGAAAGAGGACGAAGAUGAAAAGGAGGAUGAAGAUGGAAAAGAGGAUGAAGAUGGAGAGGAUGACAAUAGAGAGGAUGGAGACAAAAAAGAUGUUGAAGAUGGAAAUGAGAUAGAUGGAAAAGAGAAAGGAGAAGAUGGCAAAGACGACAAAGAUGGAGAGGAGGAAGAAGGAAAAGAGGAGGAAGAUGGAAAAGGAGAUGGGAAAGGUGAAAGGCAUGGAAAGGAAAAUGAAAAUAAGGCUGAAGUUGAAAAAGAAGAGGUCAAAAAAGAAGAUGGAGAGAAAGAAGCCCCUCAGAGUAUUGUUUAA